UCUUAGCAGACCACUUUUCCUUUACGCACGAGAGGAGCAUGAGCUUCUUGGAGAGGUAACUCAGUUUACAGUAGGAAUAAUUAAUGUGUCAGCGUCUGAGAUGGCAAAACCUUUAGAUCACAUCAAAAGACCCAUGAAUGCUUUCAUGGUGUGGUCCAGAGGCCAGAGGAGAAAAAUGGCCCAGGAAAAUCCAAAGAUGCACAACUCUGAAAUCAGCAAGAGACUCGGCGCCGAGUGGAAGCUGCUCUCCGACUCUGAGAAACGUCCGUACAUCGACGAGGCCAAGAGGCUGCGGGCUCAGCACAUGAAGGAACACCCGGACUACAAGUACAGACCCCGGCGCAAGCCCAAGAGUCUCCUUAAGAGGGACCGUUUCGUUUUCCCGCUGCCGUCUUUACUCGGGGACGCAACGGAGCAUUUGAAGGGAUUUUCCAUGGACUCCUUUCUCGUUCCCGGGGAUAAAGCCAGAGCUCUCCUCGCUCCUGUCUCCUCCUCCUCUUCCUCCUUCUCGCUGCUGGAACCGGUGGCGCAGUUCAGCACCGGAGCUGUCCAGCGCAUGGCGGAGAUCCCGCACGCACUGGCCGCCGGCGCUCUGCCCUACAGCGCGCACACGUUUGGAUACCAGACUGGAGGGAUGGGGGGUCUGGCUUGCCACGGACAGCACACCCACACCCACACUCACCCGUCACCCUCCGGGCCUGGGUACGUGGUGCCGUGUAACUGUAGCGCCUGGUCCGCUGCCACUUUACAGCCUCAGGUAGCUUAUAUUCUGUUCCCUGGAGGGAUGACGAAGAACGGCGUGGACUCGUACACUUCAGCCAGCUCCAGUGUGUAACGGACCGGAUACACCCAAGACGCGCAGUCAU